AUGGGAAAGCAGUAUCGAAAUAUUCCGCUACGUUAUUUCUCAGAGUUAACGUGGAUAAACCUAACAAGAACCACGAUCUCAUCAGGUGAUUUCCUUAAACUUGUUGGAACAGCUAAACAUCUUGAGAUGGUGAACAUUGAAAGCUGCAGCAGAAUAUCUGAAGAAGCGAUAUUUAAGGCUAAAAGGUUCCUUCCCUGUUUGAGAAGAAUAAACAUCUCCUUCAACGAUCAGUUGAGCGUUCUUGCGGUGGCUUGUUUGUGUUCCUGUUCUUCCUUACGAGAUAUCCGUGCGAGAGGAAUAAAGCUGCAGGCAAAAGAACUAUUGUUUCUGACAAGGACUUUUCCCCGACUUGGAAAUGGACGCCUAACUCUGGAC